AUGCCGGCGGCUGGUCUCUUCGAUUUCCUAGCUCUUCCUGCCCACAGGACGCCCCUUUCGAGUGUGGCAAAGCUGGAGGACUCCAGACUCCACCGACUGCUCGGCCUCGGCGUAUACUCACCCCAAGGUACCUCGCGCCGUUCCCUAGUGCGAUACACCGAGAUGAGUAUCGUAUUAACCAGCCAGUGUCCUGAUCCGGCGUGGAGCAUUUGGGUAGCAAAUGAUACAAUCAACGAAAAGCCCGAUACCGGCGCAUGGUGCUGCAAGCCAGAUUAUAAAGGUGUAUAUCGAGACAACGGCACCGCCAACUACUUCUGCACGGCUACAACCAUCACCACACUCCAGCCCAGCUACUACUGGGCACAUAUCCUGACCACGACAUCAUGUUCAGUGACGGGAACACCCGUCGGUUUCCCAACAGCAGCGUCUACAGCAAUGUCUUCAGGAACAACCAAUGCAACUUUCGCUGAGACUCCACCAGCCACAGCGUCCAGCACGGGCACCCGGCCUGAAUCGACCAACGCAACAUCUCCCGGCAGUCAAGAACCGGCAGGAAUCUCACUCGGUGCCAAGGUGGGAGCAGCAGUUGGAUGCGUAGCCGGCGCCGCUCUGAUCGUUGCAGGAAUCUUGUACAUCAGGAAUAAGAAGCAAAAGACGAUAGAGGGCGUCACACUGACUGGGGACACGGAAGAGGGACGCGGCAAGCCUGCCGCAAAAAAUUUCCACAAGAGCGGAGGGAGACGCCCCAGUGAGUUGGAGACGGUCGAACGCACCGUCGAGCUUGAUGGUGUGAAACCAACCUAUGAGCUCGAUGCGACAAGGAAAGAAGACCAGUUUGGCAUUGUGUCUCCUAUGAGCACGCAGCCCAACGUCAACUAG